AUGGGACUGGCAGAGAGCACCGUGGAGGUUCCUCCUGCCGUGGAGACAACGGCAGAGGCACAUGCCACGACAGCCACAGGCGAAGGGGCCCCGGCGAAGGCGUUUCCUGGGAUUUCAGUGGGCUCUGCAUCCACAACAGAUGGCGGGGAGCCUCCCGGGAAGGACGCAGGGGAGGCAAAGGAUUCCACAGCGAUGCCACGUGUUUCAGGAGAGGCAGACGAGACGGAAACCGCAAAGCAGCAGCAAGGGAAAGAAGGGCAGCAGGCGCCACAGGUGCAGGAGUCCGAGCAACAGGAAGAGGAGAGUGAGCAAGAGGAAAAGGAGAGCGAGCAACCUGAGCAGGCGAGCGAGCAAUCAAAGAAUGAGCAGCAGGAAGAGAAGAAUGAGCAGCAGCAGAAGGAGCAGGAGAAGAUGCAGCAGCAGAAGGAGCAGGAGAAGGUGCAACAGCAGAAGGAGCAGGAGAAGAUGCGGCAGCAGAAGGAGCAGGAGAAGAUGCAGCAGCAGAAGGAGCAGGAGAAGAUGCGGCAGCAGAAGGAGCAGGAGAAGAUGCGGCAGCAGAAGGAGCAGGAGAAGAUGCGCGAAGAAGAGGACCAGAGUUCACCAGAAGAGGAUGUAGGCACCCUGGAGACCUAUAUGACCAUGGGCUUUACGGGGAUAAAGCAGCUUCUCUCUGGAAACUUUUUUUCUCAGGAAUCUUCAGAGGUGGAGACCCCUUUGACAACACCUCCAGCUGCACGUUCGACAACAGCGGAGCAAAGGGGAGAGGAGUGCUCAGAGCAACAGGCAAGGGAAGGGCUAGAAGCUAAGAGAGACACAAGAGAAGAGUCGGAACAACAACGGAAAAAUGCAGCAGCAGCAAAAGUCGUAUUUGAAUCAAGUGCUGAGGCUGAAUGUUCGCACGAUGCAACGGCGCAAGAAGGCGACCCUAAAAGGCGAGCCUCCAAGGAGGUUCUGACACACGAGUUGAAGGCAAAGCCGGAAGUCUCACAAAAAGCCGCCGCAGAAGCAAGCAAGCAGGCCUCCCAGGAAGAGGGGCCCUUUGCAGCUGACACAGAGGAGCAAGCUGGGAUGGAUAAUGCACAAGCAGCAGAGGGCCAGAAAGUCUUACUGGAGAAUGCCCCUAAGGCAGGAUCUGCUUCGGCUCACCCCACCGCGCUACAGAGCCGCACCAGUGCAGAGAAGCUGGCGCGUGAAAAAAGCCUUCAGAGGAUCGGAUCAACAGGCAAGGAAGGCAAGACCACCCCCAGCAGCUUAAAAACCAGCCUACUUCACGAAGGGAGUUCUCAAGGCGCACCUGGAGCAAAACUCGGCUCCAGCAAACUAUCUGCCGUUACAGGAAAGACCAUGGAAAAGGAUCGUGUGGAAAACCCAUUGAGGACAAACUCGAAUCCCAUUCGGCCCACUGAUGGAGACAAGAGCGAUGCUGCUGCACGUGUUGGCGUUGCGGGUUCUGGUGUUGGGGGAGUGCAGCGUGGGCUCUCUCGGGGCCUCUCACAUGGGGCCAAGGGGCCUAAACCCCCUCCGCUUAUGAAGUCAGACACGGGGAAGUAG